AGGAGUGAAUCCAUCCGGGUAAUUCGAAAUGCGUGCGUGCGCACUUUCCAAGCCACAGUUUCUCUGCGGUGCUGGCUGGAGGGCGGUCGACAGCAAAUGCCUGAGGACCCAGAUCUGAAUUUUGUGCGAUAACGGGGUGAGAGUCCCUUAGCUUUUGGACACCUUACGGUGCGUCAAACAUGGCCGACGAUAGCGAGUGGGUCGUGGAGAGCAUCGCGGGAUACCUAGGAAGUCCCGAAUGGGUUGUUCCAGUCACCGACUUUAUGGAAAACAAAUGCACAGUGUUUGAUGAUGAAGAUGAAAACAAACUGACCUACACGGAAAUCCACCAGCAGUACAGGCAACUGGUGGAGAAGCUGCUGGAAAACUACAUGCAGGAAGUGGGAAUCAAUGAGCAGCAGUUUUUACAGGCUUGCUCAUCUCCUUUCGCCAAGUCCAAAGCACUGCAGACGGUGUUCCAGCCGGUGCUGGCCACGGACGACUUCCAGAUGUUCCGGUCCCUGAUGGUGCAGAAGAACGUGGAGCUGCAGCUGCAGGCUUUGAGGGUGAUGAAGGAGAGGAACGGUAUCCUUCCCGACUGUCUGACGGACGGAAUGGACAUGAUGAACGAGCUGGAGCAGCAGGAAAUGAGGAUCCUCCAGGAGGUGCUCAAGAGAUCAAAGGAGGAAUAUGAUGAGGAGAUAGCCAGAAGGAUACACGCAGAGGAGGAGUUGGGCUCGACGUCCACCAGCAGCUCUGAUAGGAUGAUGCUGGACAGCGUUGAGCGACGGGACAGUCCCCCGGGCCAGCCGGCCAAUCCAAACAAGGUGGAGGUGAACCAUGACAGACAGUCUGUACUGGACCUCCCACAACUGGAAGUGAACACUGACCAAGAACUGGAGGUGAGCAGUGAAAGACAGCCAGAGCCAGUGACCAACGGACAGCCCCAGACAGCAGUGCUCACCAAUGGCAACUCAAUGGUGAACAGUCCGGUAGUGAAAAAGGAGAAGAGGGGAGAGUGUUCGCAGAAGACUCCAGCCUCAGCGAAGCAGCCCUCGGGGCGAGGUGGCGGAGAUGCGAAGGUGCCGAUGGCGGCGGUGAGGACUCAAGCGAGGGGGGCGGAGCCAGCACCUGCAGCCGAGCCCAGGGAGAGGAGCAGGAGCCAAGCGGCCGAGGCUUGGCUGGAGGAGGCCCGCAAGGAGGCCGGCAUCGCCAAGCCCUUCACUGAGCUGUCUGUGGCACAGCAGGAGGAGCUCCAGCAGAGGGCGCUGUAUCUCAGGCAGCAGAGGGACAAGCUGCACGCCCUGAAGAAGGAGCAGAGAUCCAAACCAUCCACGCCUGAGGAACCUGUAGCCACACCCACUUCUGCUGUCAGCACACCAAGAGAGGAGGCUCCCAAAAGGACGACCGGUGGCUCAUCCGACAACACGAACUGUUCCCAGCCUCCAAACGGCCCCGCGACAGCACCCAACAAAAAGGACAUCACAGUGGAGGAGAGGAAGAGGCUGCAGAAGAGGAAACAUCUGGCUGAAAAGCUGAAAGAAGAGGUCAUCAAAAAGUAACGCCCACAAAACGCCAACAAAAAAGAGAGCGAUCAUUUUAACCAAGAUGGACUCGAAUUUCACCUCCAGAUGUGUGUGGACAGAUGUUAAACUGCUUUGGUGCCAGUGGAAAGGUGUGUUUUAAUGAAAGAAUGCAGUAUUGAAACCUCUUCUUUCUGAACACUUGCGCAAGGAAAUAACGUACCGGAUCUAUAUUAUGACUUGUAUACUGUUUAGCAAACACAACUAUAUACUCAUUUUUCACUAGAGAUCUCAUAGUCUAAACCACUGUUGCCUAUGAAAAUGGAAGUACAGUAGCAAACUACUCGCUUACAUUUGUAUUAAUUCUAGAAUAUUCCUUCUCUGUUCCCUCAUGAAACACAGUGGCAGCACAAAAGCUAAAAUUAGUCAAAAUGUUUGCUCAACUGCCAUUUCAGAAAAAAACUGUUGUAAUUCACCUAUCAGGGCCUACAUUACAAUCUUAUAGUUUCACGUUUGAAGGAAUAUUUCAGCGAAGGAUCACAUCGAUAGCCUGCUUUGAAUUUGCACCAAAUCCACUCAAGUGUUGGAGUGCUGCAAUACAAGGGACAUAUUGUACCUGAUCAAGUUCUUUCACUGACCCCAGCGUGUGGGGAGGUGAGCUUCAUUAGAGUAACGAUUCAGAUGUAGGAACUGCCGAUGGGUAUCUGUUUGUUGUGCAAAGCCAAUCUGUUCACUGGUUAAAGAAGGGUUGCGGUACAAACACUGAGGAGCCACUAGUAAGUGGAAAACCCCUCGCUUGCCAUCGCAUGUACGGCAGGUGCAGUAUGUGUCACAUGACUGAGGUCAUGAGGUCAUUCCCAUGGAUUAUGUUCGCAGCUUCAGGCGAGUGUGUGCAAGUCUACGCAGGGUGUGCGGGCCAUCAAGCUCGUCUGAGGAAAGGGACUGUGGAGGUGUGAUUAAGGAAGGCAACCUCACAUAACAGUCAUUCAGAAAUACCAGGUAACUGAUGCCAGUUUGAUUCAGAGGAUAUUGACAAACUGAAAUUCAGAUUCACUAGCGUCGUCAUUCUUUUCCAUGACAAGUACGGUAAUCAAUAUCAGAACUCUGCUGACUUGCUGAAUCCACAAAUAUAUGCAAAAUUAUGGCUAUGAAAGCAGUCAAAAUGGCAGAUGUUUAAUACAGCACUAGAUUAGCAUUACAAUUAAACUUACCAAGUAUUUCUGUCAUGUGAAGCCCAGCACUGUCGUUUGAGAUCAGGCCUCUCCUGAAUUAACAGAAGUUUACAUACUGUCACAAGACCAUCCAUAACACUAGCUGCAUAGUUGAAUUUUUACUUCAGUAUCAUAGAUAACUCAGUCACCGAUGGGAUAUCCCAUGACUUUUGUUUUUGGUCAGAGAAAUGAUUUCCUGAAAUUAUCGCGUUUCUGCAGUUGAGAGGUACCCUGCAGUGCUUUGCAUGGGUGCAAACUCAGACUCAUCAAAUGAACAGGUUGGCUUUUCACAGCACAGAUACCCACUACCAACCUCUGAAUCCAGGCGUAAAUAUUGUGUUUAAUGUGUGGAAAACGUGCUGCUUUAAAGGUGGGGGGUUGAAGGCAAGAAGUGUAACUGCUGAAUUGCUUGUGUAAGGAAACACACUGCCAAUGCAAUACAAUGACUUUGUUGGUGAGCUUCCAUUAAAUGAAAUGUACAAGGUCAUUGGACAAGGUCAUUUUACUUUUUAAUAUUUUUAGUGCUAAAGGGAAAUUGUUUGGAUUUGACUGAUCUAAUGAGCAUAGAUUUCAUACAAAACUAGACUUUGCAUUUAAUCCCUAUUGCUUGGAUACUUUACAAACAUAUACAGUGUUGAUAGCAUUCACCUUAUUUACUGCAUCUCAAAUUGAAGUUGACAUGGCAACAGUACACACCCCAGAAUAUGUUCUUUUAAAAAGAAAUCAUUAAAAUAAGACUAGGUUAACGUUUUUUUAAUGCCAGGGUCACAUUUAAUCUGAAAUCUUUUCAAAUAUCAAAUGUAUACAAAUGGUGUAGAAUGGAAAUAGUGGUAGUAAACGCACUUGUACAAAAUUCUAUGGCCAAAAAAAAUAAAACUAUUUUCUCUAGACAUCCUUCUCUUUUUGAAAUGUUGACGUUUCAGCCUCCCGCAGUCAGUAUGCGUGUUCAGAACGAAAUGCUCACUCCUCUUCUCCCGAUGGUUAAACCCUAAAAAACGGAGUGAACCGGAAUGUGUGCUGACUGGCAUCAGCUGGUUUGACCGAUGACGCUUGAACGGUCGUCUCUCAGACUGACGUACGAGCACCACAGACCCCCACAGCCUGCAUCCCCCGCUAAGGGGAACGGCCAGUCACAUUUUGGUUAACGGAACUAACUGCAGGUGCCAAACACCACCGUAGCACUGAGGAACAGGCCUUUCGGAAAGCUGUUCGUCUUGAGGUGCCCAUGUUGAACCCUUACUUGUAUAAUUAAACGGUAAUUCCCUGA